GGUUCUAGAGCUCGAGCAGUACAGACGUAGAUGCAGAGUGCUCAGCAAAACAAAAAAAAAACUAAAGACAAGUGUGCGUUAAAAAUACUAGCGUGUGGCAGACCGGCACCAUGUCGGCAACGGGACAAUCCAGCAUCAAGUUGGACUUUUCUCAUGUCCCAAACAAGCCAACAACUAAUGAAGUGAUUGACUUCAUAACCGGGAAACUUGGAAUUUCGAUGAUACAGGUGAACAGAAUUCACCUCCGGACGUCGUCCUUUUCAUGUCACGUAGACAUCAAGGAGCAAAGUAUUGCCUUGGACAUCGUAGAAAAGAACGAUGGCAAACACACUAUUCAGUGUAAAGGUGUGGAAUAUCCCAUACCAAUUACUAUGGACGAUGGGUCAACGAUCGUGAAGAUUCACGACGCUUCAGCGCAAGUUACAAACACACACAUAAAAAACCACAUGCAGAGAUACGGAGACGUUAUCUGCGUUACCGAAGGUGUGUGGAGCGACGCCUUCGCAUGUGCCGGUAUUCCGAACGGAUAUCGCUACGUUAGGAUGGUAAUCAAGAAACAAAUACCAUCUUAUAUCCAUAUCAACGGUGAAACAACUCUCGCUACCCAUAGAGGACAGCAGCACACAUGUCGCAAAUGCGAUCAUCCCGUACACCACGGAAUGACCUGUUUGAGCAACAGAAAGCUCAACAGCCAAAAAACAAACCUAAUGGAUAGGCUAAAAUCGUACGCAGACGUAACGACGAGUGGGAUCCAACAGAAACAAAAUACACUAAAUACAACAACUACGACGAAUACAAUCCCAGUGGAACAACCACCACAACCUCAACCGGGGACAUCGGGACUGAAAUUUAUACCAAUAAAACAAACUGAUGCAAUGACGAACGAUAACAGCACCGUCACAGAGACAGCGGUUAAUUUGGAGACCAAUAAGGGGUACAGGUCACGAUCGCCUUCGGUGAAAAGACAAGCUGAAAAAAAACUGACUGACUUUAUAACGGUAGAAUCGAAACGAUGGCGAACGAGGUAUACGAAAUCGGCUGAAGACAAAAUUAUAAAAGGUAGGAGACAAUCUCGAUAAAUUAUAAUUACUAACACAGCUGAAAAAAAAACGAUUCGACACAUCGCAAAGUAAAAGAUAAUUUCGAAAUGGCCAACACCACUACACAUUCAAACAUAACAGAAUUCAAAAAAUCCUAUCGU